CAGAAUCUAUCACCAGUCUCCAGGAACAUUAUCAUAAUCGGUGUGUGGAAAAAUCCAAGAAAAUCAAUCCCUUUAUAUCGCAUAUACUCCAAGAAGUGGAUGAAGCAGUUAAAAAGGGGCUGGAAAAAGGAAUCACGUUGAACAUUGCUGGUAACAAUCGCUUGGUGCCGGUAGAAAGAGUAACAGGUGAAGAUUUUUGGAUUCUUUCCAGAAUUUUAAAGAAACAUCUAUAUAUCAACGGUUUGGAUGUCAGAUACAACCUCUUAAGUGAUGUUGGCGCAUACUAUGCUGCAAAACUGCUUCGGAGACAACUUAAUCUCAUUUACUUAAACCUUAUGUUUAAUGACAUUGGGCCUGAAGGUGGAGAACUGAUCGCUAAAGCACUACAUAAGAAUACAACUCUGAAAUACCUAAGAAUGACUGGGAACAAGAUUGAAAACAAGGGUGGAAUGUUUUUUGCUGCAAUGCUGCAAAUUAACUCGUCCUUAGAGAAAUUAGAUCUGGGUGACUGUGAUCUCGGAAUGCAAAGUGUGAUAGCGUUGGCUACGGUGCUAUCUCAGAACCAAGCAAUUAAGGGAAUAAACCUGAACCGGCCCAUACUGUAUGGCGAACAGGAAGAGUCUACAGUCCAUCUGGGUCACAUGCUGAAGGAAAACCACUGCCUUGUUGAGCUCCACGUGAACAAGCACAGUAUUAAAAACGGUGGCAUGCAGCAGCUCUGUAACGCGCUGUACACCAACAGCAGCCUGCGCUACCUCGAUGUCAGCUGCAAUAAAAUAACUCAUGAUGGAAUGGUGUAUCUGGCUGAUGUACUGAAAAGCAACACUACCCUGGAAAUCAUAGAUCUUUCUUUUAACAGAAUAGAAAAUGCAGGUGCAAACUAUCUCUGCGAAACCCUUACUUCACACAACAGGAGUCUUAAAAUGUUGUCAGUGGUCAGCAACAACAUAGAGGGAGAAGGACUGGUCGCACUUUCACGGACAAUGAAAGCAAACCCCGUAUUCUCUAAUCUCUACAUUUGGGGAAACAAAUUUGAUGAGGCUACGUGUGUAGCAUAUUCAGACUUAAUUCAAGGAGGUCAUCUAAAGCCAGACAACACAGAUGUGGAGCCCUUUGUGGUGGACGGACACGUGCAUCUUGCAGAGGUCUCCAAUGGCCUCAAAAAGCAUUAUUACUGGACGCCCACCCCUGGAGAAGUGGACAGCCCCUCGUCUAAUGCAGGUUUCGCUCUUGUUCCAGUGGGGCAACAUCUGUGAAAAAGCAGCUUUAAAAUAAUUUUCACACAUCUGUCUUCCUACUGUCACAGAAAUUAGUAUUUUAUCACCUAUCGAAUGUUUUAUUUUAUAAAUUAAAACAAGUUCCUUUUUAAAAAUAUGUAAACGAUAACGACUGUAUUAAGUUUUGUAUAACCGUCCAUUGUGAAAAAUUGAGUAGGCUAAUUUUUUUAAAAGAAAUUUUACAAUAGGGACCACAAUUUUAAGCCUCGAGAAGAAGACUAAGGAACAAAACUAAUUUAUUUUUUAUAAUGAAAAUACAGCCACGUAUGUAACCCAAACAUGUACUUGUAUCGCACGUAAAUAAAGGUCAUUAUAGGUACCUUAA